GCGAGCCAGCAGCACAGUAAGCAUAUUCCAACUUUCCAAAAGCUCCAGCGCAACCGACGAGCCAGAAGGCAGGCGGAGCUGCCCACGCACAGGCAGCACAGCAGCAGCGGCCGGUGGCCACAGUAUCGCAGUAAACAAAUCCGCUCCGUCGUCGCCACGCCUCCCCCCUUCGUCAACACCCUCGCCCCCGCCGCCUCGGUCCGACCGGAGGCCCCCGUCCUCAUCUCCUCGCCGCCUCCGCCGCCUCGCCCCCCCCCACCAAGCUCCCCCGCUCGCCUCCGUCCAAAUCCCGCGCCCGCGAUUCCGCAGCCUUCCUUCCUUGUUAGCUGGUCAGUUGGCUGAGCCGCCCUUUGUCCCUGCGUUCUUGGGGAAUUCUUUGACCGGAUUCGAUACGGUCUCUGCUCUCCCGCCUCCGCCAUAUUUCCGCCGGGCUUCCUCCGCCUCGGUCAAACUUUGCGGCCGGCCUUUUUCCAGCGAGUUCCGUCCGUCCCAGCCUUUCGGCUUUCGUCACAGCCCCGCCGCGGUGAGCACCUCUUCUCCCGCCCCCGCCCCUUUGCUUCCUUCCCACCGCUCGCGAGAUCUGCCCCCUCUCCUGCUCCGCCUUGCUGCCAAGGAGGCGGUUCUUGGCUCACCUCUGCUGCUCCCCGGUAUACUUUGCCAGUUGCCACGCGCCGAUUCCGCGCCUCCGAUAAGGAAUUCUGGUUGUUGGGCUUGCGGCGCAGUUCCUCAAGAAUCAAGAUUUCUAUUUUUGGCUGCCUGCAAAGAUGGCGUCCAGCGCCGGUGAUAUGCCCGAGGUGAAAUUCAAGAGGACCGGCAGCCUGGGGAGCAGCGACUACGUGCGAGCCGACAAGAUCGACCUCACCAGCCUCGACAUCCAGCUGGAGCAGCAGCUCAACAAGAAAUGGGGCAAGACCAACAUCAAGUCCCAGGGACCCAAGGCGGACUGGGAGAUUGACCUUGCUAAGCUGGAGAUCCGGCACGUCAUCGCCCAGGGCACAUAUGGAACCGUCUACCGCGGCACCUAUGAUGGCCAGCAGGUCGCAGUGAAGCUGUUGGAUUGGGGAGAAGAUGGUUUUGCCACAGAAGCCGAAACUACUGCUUUACGAACAUCAUUUAAGCAGGAGGUUGCUGUUUGGCAUAAGCUCAGCCAUCCUAACGUUACAAGGUUUAUUGGUGCGUCUAUGGGGACCACCGACCUCAAGAUACCAGUCAAUGACAACGGUGCGCGUGCCAACUUGCCAGCUAGAGCAUGUUGUGUUGUGGUAGAGUAUCUCGCUGGAGGCACUUUGAAGCAGUAUCUGAUAAAGAACAGACGGCGGAAGCUCGCCUACAAAGUUGUGGUUCAGCUUGCAUUGGAUCUGUCCAGGGGAUUGAGCUAUCUACACUCUAGAAAGAUAGUACAUCGCGACGUGAAAACUGAAAAUAUGCUGCUUGAUACACAGCGUAACCUUAAGAUUGCUGAUUUUGGCGUUGCACGUGUUGAGGCUCAGAAUCCGAAGGAUAUGACUGGUGCGACAGGCACACUUGGUUAUAUGGCCCCAGAGGUUCUUGAUGGUAAACCAUACAACAGGAAAUGUGAUGUUUACAGUUUCGGCAUCUGCCUGUGGGAAAUCUAUUGCUGUGACAUGCCAUACCCAGACCUAAGUUUUGCCGAUGUCUCUUCUGCUGUUGUUCACCAGAAUUUGCGGCCAGACAUACCCCGCUGCUGUCCAAGUGCGUUUGCGAACAUUAUGCGUAAAUGCUGGGACGGAAACCCUGACAAACGCCCGGACAUGGAUGAGGUGGUGCAGCUUAUGGAGGCCCUCGACACAAGCAAAGGCGGCGGUAUGAUACCGGAUGGUCAGUCGUCCGGAUGCUUAUGUUUCACCAGGGCCCGUGGCCCGUAGAUACUUUGCACAGCACUCUCCUCCCUUUGGCUAUGUGUUGCCACUCGCCGUGACCGGGAGCUCCACAGCUUGCUUCCCGCUGUCGCUUGCGCAGAGGCUGCUUGCAGCCCUCCAUAGUCGCCUUGCCGUUUCUUUCUACGGUGUUGUGUUGGUUGCAGCUCUCGUAUGAUCACUGUGGUCAGCACACUUGCUUCGUAUAGCACUCUGUUGUUGUAAUGGUACGUUGUAUUCUACUAUAACUGAGAUCACACAUAGAGGUCUCUCUCUCUCUCUCAUUCUUGGAGCUGCCGCCGCCUUCCUGCGUUCAUUUGGCGGCGGCACGUCUCGGAUUUACCGCGUCAUGUUUUGAAACCUUUCUCGCUGUGUAUAUUAUAUAUAUAUACCCGACUCGGAAAUGAGUACAAUAAAAGUGCAUAAAUAUACUUGUGUACAGCAUUUACGGCA